AUGUCUAUAUCUAAUCUUUUCAUUUAUAUUUUUGUUUUAUUAAAUUUAAAUGAUUGGGAAAACUCUAAUAGCCCUGGUGAAUGGAUUAUUAAAAAGUCAAAAUUUAUAUUGCUAUCAAUUGUGAACCAGUACGUUAUGUUGAAUUUAAUUUUGAAGCUAAGAAAAUGUUCAACAUGGAGAUAUGUUAAUAAGAUUGAAUUUCUCACCAUACGAUAUAGAUUUUAUCGGAGAUUUACAAAAAACUAUGAUGUAAUGUACAGUAGUAUAAAAGAUGCAGUUUCCGAACCAGUCAUUACUCCUGAGGACCGUUUGAGAAAUUUUGAAGCACAUGAAUUAUUUUCAAUGUUUUUGAUGGAGCGCAAUGACAUUGCAUUUAAAAAGGCGAAAAAAUAG